AUGUUUCAGGUUCGUGGAAGUAAGGGUGAAGUCCUCUAUAUCCUGGAUGCAAGCAGUCCACGCCAUUCGAAUUGGCUACGUUUUGUCCAUGAGGCUCCAUCACAGGAGCAGAAGAACCUGGCGGCCAUCCAGGAAGGGGAAAAUAUUUUCUAUCUGGCUGUGGAAGAUAUUGAAACAGACACAGAACUUCUGAUUGGGUACUUGGACAGUGACAUGGAAGAAGAAGAGGAGGAGGAGGAAGUAACUGUUACCCAGGAAGUUGAAGACAGUGGCAGCAAUAAAGAAGUGCAACCAACUGGUGAAAAAACUGCAGAUCCCCUCACCUGUAAAGAGAACCAUGCAUGCCCAAACUGUGAAUCCAGUUUUGCCAGCCAGGAGAUUUUAGCUGAGCAUCUUCAGACUUUGCACCAAAAACCCAGUGAGGAAAAGGAAUUUAAGUGCCGAAACUGUGGAAAGAAAUUCCCUGUUAAACAAGCUCUACAAAGACAUGUACUGCAGUGCACAGAGAGUAUCAGCCCAGGGGACUCUUCAAGAAGUUUUCAGUGCUCUGUUUGCAAUACUUCCUUCAGCUCAGAAUCGAGUUAUGAACAGCACAAGGAGGCAUGCAGAGGGGAUGCCAGAUUCAUAUGCAAGGCAGAUAGCUGCGGGAAGAGGUUCAAGAGUAAGGAUGCCCUGAAAAAACAUAAAGAAAAUGUUCACAGUGGAAAUUCUAGGAAGAAGCUGAUGUGUUCAGUGUGCAAUAAGAAAUGUUCCUCAGCAACAAAUCUCCAAGAGCAUCGAAAGGUCCAUGAGAUCUUUGAGUGUCAGGAAUGUGACAAGAAAUUUAUUUCAGCUAACCAGCUAAAACGACAUAUGAUAACUCACUCAGAAAAACGCCCCUACACCUGCGAGGUUUGCAAUAAGUCCUUCAAACGACUUGAUCAAGUGACUGCACACAAAAUAAUACACAGUGAAGAUAAACCUUAUAAAUGCAAGCUUUGUGGAAAGGGAUUUGCCCACAGAAAUGUUUACAAGAAUCACAAGAAGACCCAUUCUGAAGAGAGACCAUUCCAGUGUGAGGAAUGCAAAGCUUUGUUCCGCACCCCAUUCUCUCUACAAAGACAUCUGCUAAUCCAUAACA